UAGAAGGUGAUUGUGGCGUGGUGAUGUCGCGAUACCCGCUUGAGACGCCGUGGUGGCAGGUUCCCCGUCUGUUCAGCAGAGAGCAUAGGCCCCACCAAGUCUUCAUGUACAGCCGCGCGCAGGCUGAGAUGGAGCAGGAGGCUCGGGAGCUGAGCCGGUGGCAGGCGGCGCACGAGGCCGCCCAGGAUAACGAGAGCUCGGCGCCCAUCUUGAACGUGGCUUCAUCUACCGGAAGCUCUGGAGUGCACCCCUCUUGGAACCAUGGCCUACCAAGCGUUCAGCACUUUCCUCAUAGCACAGAGAUGCUGGGGCCCCCCUUGGUGUCUGUGGAGGUGCCGGGGCACAAUGUGGAUGAAGAGGGGCCCCUGUUUAGCAUGGCACUGCCUGAGCGUGAUGUGAGCUACUGCCCCCAAGCGACCCUCCCUCCUUCCCGGGUGAUUUACAGUCAGGGAGUGUCUCCCCCUCAGCAAGGGAUGACGAUGUUCAAUGAGCCUCAGAUAAUGCCUACAGUUGAGCCCAAUAUUCCAGGAGUGGCCGGGGCCUUCAGUGGCAAUCUAAGCAUGCACCCCAGUGGGCUGCGAGUCUCGGCUUCCACUGGAAUCCCAAUGAUGUCCCAUGCUGGGGGCCCUACCAUGCCUUACCCUGGCCUCUCAACAGCACCUUCUGAUGAAACAGCAUUGGCCCCAACCAUGCCACCCACGGAGGCCCAGGCAGUGCUCCCCUCUGUGGCUCAGAUGUUGCCCCGACAAGACACCCAUGACCUUGGGAUGCCCCCAGCUGAGUCCCAGUCAUUCCUGGGUUUAGGAUCUCAGGACUCUCUUGUGAGUCAGCCAGACUCCCAGGAAGGCCCAUUCCCACAGAAGCAGCCCACACCUGCUUCACAGGAAACAGAGCAGAACUCCAGGCCUCAGGAAAGGACUGGGAGAGGGGACUCCUCAGAGGCCAGGCCUUACUGCUGCAACUACCAGAACUGUGGAAAAGCUUAUACCAAACGCUCCCACCUCGUGAGCCACCAGCGCAAGCACACAGGUGAGAGGCCCUAUUCGUGCGAAUGGGAAAAUUGUCAGUGGUCUUUCUUCCGUUCUGACGAGCUUAGACGACAUUUUCGGGUACAUACCAGAUAUCGACCAUAUAAAUGUGAUCAGUGCAACAGAGAGUUCAUGCGAUCUGACCAUCUUAGGCAACACCAGAAGACUCAUCGGCCAGGACCCUCAGACCCACAGGCCAACAGUGGAGAGCAGGACAGUGCUCCUGCUCCUGGUCCUUAGGUGAAUGAAGAAGGAGAGGAUUCCAGGCAGAAAACACUGGACCACACAACUGCUCAGAGGAAAGGCAGUCUUGAACUUCUAUAUUCAUUCAGCAAAUGUUUUUUGAGCCUUCAAUACUGAACGCACCAAGGCUGUGGAGACCCAUGGCGAGGAAUAAGGAGAUAACUAAAGGAUGUGUCAGAGAAGAAACACUUCGGUGGAGGUGCCUCCGUCAGACCCGAAGGACUCAUGGGGGUUAGCUGCACCUCCCAUUUCUUGGACAUAUGCCACUGGACAUGUCUCUAUCUUCUGGAAACUGGCAUAGACAGUAAGGAUUCAGAGGUGCAUGAAGGCAACCUGCCUCUGUAGAGCAGAAAGCUCAUAGAAAACAUUUAUGAAUGUGCCCAGUGCUGCCAAGGAGAGAAGCUGGACCUCUGCAGACUCAAGCUUAUAUGGGCCCUGGGAAAGCCACACAGCCUUGGCUGUGCCUGCCCCUGGUCUCCUACCCCUACUCUGACCCCCCACCCCUACCCUGACCCUGCACUACUUCACUACCUUGAUCUGUGUUACUAGUGACCUCAGUAUACCUGGGAUGGACAUCCAGGUGCCCUCCAUCCAAGCUCCCAAGUGAGGGGAGUGGACAUGAUUAAAAGAACAGGGGCAGAA